AUGAACGGCUUGUCCGGUAGGAUCGACUACGACGCGUUUGAGAGCCUUAUCAGUGGUCUCAACCAACGAUCCACUGACGAUGCUACCCCGAUGGAAGUACUGGAAGAUACAGAAGUGAGGGAAGCGGAUGUGCAAGGUACAGAAGGUGCGGAAAGCUUCUCCAAACACGACGAGUUGACUUCCACUACCCCGAACAUCGACGAUAGUCUCCGCGAAAACCCCCUCGAUCACCCGCAAGAAAGCCCUUCCAAAAAACACAAGAAGGACAAAAAGGAUAGGAAAGAAAAGAAGCUCAAAAAGGAAUCUCUCCCAUGA